CUUGCCUUCCUAGCGUGUCUGGUUAUUGCCAGUACAUUCGUAGGCUUCCUAUACAUAUGGAGGGGCAAUCAACGUAGGGAUGACCCUUCAACCAUUAGGCGAAGGCUGUUCAGCAUAACCUUGGCUUGCAGUGUUAGCUGGCUGCCGACGUACUUCUGGGCCACACGGUUGCACCAGGCACGCUGCCUACGAGUGGUGGGACUCCCCCGCGCCGUACUAGACGCUCUCUUCCUGGUCAGCACUCUCUUUGCUGGGCCACUCGUCUAUUUUCACGGCAAUGGCGUCGGCGACAGGGCUGAAGGACGUGGUGCUGCCGGUGACAAUGUUAGCACCGCGGCGCCUCCGCCAUCGUGGCUUCUUCGCCUGGCGGCGGGCGACUUGGCGCUCUGGCGGAACCUCGUGGCGGCGCCGCUGGCGGAGGAAUUCGUGUUCCGGGCUUGCAUGGUGCCGCUGCUGGGCGUGGAGUUCUGGAACGUGGUGCUGCUGAUACCUCUGUUCUUCGGAGCGGCUCACCUGCACCAUGCGGCGGAUCUGAUGCGCCACCAGGGCAAGUCGCUGCGAGGAGCUCUGCUUGUGGUCGGUUUUCAGUUCCUCUAUACGACAGUGUUCGGCUGGCUGGCCACGUACCUCUUCCUGAGGACCGGCCACCUCGCGGCCCCGGUAGCCGCCCACGUCUUUUGCAACUGGGCGGGGUUUCCACCCUUUGGCGACAUGCUCUCGCACCCGCGCGGCAUCCUGCUGGCGCUCACCACAGCUGCCGGGGUGGCAGUGUUCUUCCUGGCGCUGCCUCGCUUGACUUCGCCGGAUCGCUAC